AUGGGUGCAAAGCAACUUCCUCGUCCGGAGGAUCUCCGCCAGUACAAUUAUGCCGUGGCAGGACAUGCUGGGACUUUAUGUGACGCCGAUGGCGGACUGUUCAUCAAACCAUGUACGCAAGCCGAAAUCGACUUUUACCAGUCGGCCAACAGACGAUAUCCCGACUUGGCAGAACUCAUGCCUUUGUUCAUGGGGACUCUCGUCUUGAGCGACCCGGUUCACGGCGGCAUUGACGACGCCGUUGCUGGAGUCAUCUCCGAAAACGGUACGCUAGAGACUGCCAAGGAUCAGAUCCUCGCCUCUGUUGCGGAGCAAAUCGCACAAGCUCCUGGGACCCCUCAGCCAGCAGAUGACGUGACGUGGAUACCCUCCAAGGGCAAGAAGAUCAAGACCGACAAAGCCAUCGCGUUGGGGAAUGCCACUCACGGGUUCAAGCGCGCCAACAUCCUCGACGUCAAGUUGGGAGUUCGCCUAUGGGCGGACGAUGCGCCGCUGCAAAAGAAGGAGCGCUUCGACAAGAUCAGCGCCGAAACGACACACGGCAGUCUUGGAUUCCGCAUUGCUGGCAUGAGAGUUUUCCGCGGAUCCGACGAUGCGUCAGAGUUGGACCAAGAAGAGUACAAGAUCUAUGACAAGGAUUACGGCCGCGUUUCCGUAAACGAGGACAACGUGGUCGACGAGUUCAGACGCUUCAUCUUCAACAAGGCUGCUGGCAUUGACCAAGAUCUGGGCCAAGCCGUCUGCUCAGCGUUUGCGCGCGAUCUCGCCCAGGUGCGCGACGUCCUGUCGAGGCAUGAGACCCGCAUGUUUUCACCAUCACUUCUGUUCGUCUACGAGGGUGACGGCGAGGCUCUUCGAAACGCCAUCCAACAAAACAACCUCAUUGUGGAGUCGGCGGAGCAGCAUGCAUCGUGUACCCGGACCACCAAGCGCAUUGAUAGUGGCAUUGGCUUGGACGACGAGGAUCUCGAUCAAGUCGAGGAUGACGCUUCCGAACUCUCCGAACUCGAGGUGUCUCUUCCGCAAAUUUACAGCCUGAAGCUCAUCGAUUUCGCCCAUGCUGCAUGGACGCCAGGCCAAGGCCCCGACGAGAACAUCCUCACCGGGGUAAGGAGCUUGGCGAGCAUUUUUGAAGAGAUGGCGCAGUGA